GACUGCUAUCGUCGACGUUGCGAAGACACCCAACGACACCGUCCGUCACCUUCACGAAUCCCUCCCUCGACAACAGGUGCAUACGGCGUCCAUAAUGUCUGAUCACGGGGAAGUCGAGGUCGAAAACCCCGUCGGGGCUUUCAACGUCCUGCCCAAGGAGGCUCUUGCGGAGCAGGGAAGCGUCAAGCUGUUCAACAAGUGGAGUUACGAGGAUGUUGAGAUCAGGGACAUCUCCUUGACCGACUACGUUCAGAUCCGUAACCCCGUCUACCUGCCUCACUCCGCUGGUCGCUAUGCCGCCAAGCGUUUCCGCAAGGCUCAGUGCCCCAUCAUCGAGCGUCUGACCAACUCGCUCAUGAUGAACGGCCGUAACAGCGGAAAGAAGCUCUUGGCUGUCCGCAUCGUUGCCCACGCCUUCGAGAUCAUCCACAUCAUGACCGACCAGAACCCCCUCCAGAUCGCCGUUGACGCCAUUGUCAACUGCGGUCCCCGUGAAGACAGCACCCGUAUCGGUUCCGCCGGUACCGUCCGUCGCCAGGCCGUUGAUGUCUCUCCCCUCCGCCGUGUCAACCAGUCCAUUGCUCUCUUGACCAUCGGUGCCCGUGAAGCCUCUUUCCGUAACAUCAAGAGCAUUGCUGAGUGCUUGGCUGAAGAGCUUAUCAACGCCGCCAAGGGUAGCUCGAACUCCUACGCCAUCAAGAAGAAGGACGAGCUUGAGCGUGUUGCCAAGAGCAACAGGUAAAGGGUUAUUUGUUGGGUAUUCUCCGUUUGGUCCUCUUUUUAUGUUUACUGGAGUGGACGGGGGUUCAUCGGGAUUCAGUCGAUUUGCAUGCAUCUGCGCGACUGUACAUAUAAAAAGACAGUCACGGAGGGAGCGAUCCAAAAAAGAGAGAAUCGGACGGCUUUCU